AUGUUUACCUACGGACCGGGCCGUGUGGCGCCUCCUCUUCACCUUGGUCUGCCCUCGAGCUUUGCUGCGGGCAUGAUCAACCCCCUGCGCCAGAAGCAGCGCGUCUACGUGACCGACCUGACGGAGGAAAUGACGGAGAGGACUGUUCUCGACUUUGUCAACCAGCUCAUGCAGGAGCGUGGCCUCGCGACCGAGCCAGGCAAGCCUGCUACAAUGUGCGAGAUCAACAAGGAGCUCAAGUUUGCGUUCCUCGAGCUGCGAAGCGCCGAGGAGGCGACCGCUGCCAUCGCGUUGGACGGAGCCGAGCUGGACGGUGUCGCCCUGCACGUAAAGAGGCCAAAGGACAUGGUCGGCGUCGACCCCAACCUCGGCUUCAUGGGCGUGUCCGGCGAUGCCAACAACAAGCUCUUCGUCGGCGGUCUCCCUACCAACCUUUCGUCCGAGCAGGUCAUGGAGCUGCUCAAGAGCUUUGGCGAGCUGCGUACUUUCAACCUCGUCAAGGAAGGCAACGGCACCGUGUCCAAGGGCUUUGCCUUUGUCGAGUACCUCGACCCGGCCGUCACCGACAUGGCCAUCCAGGGCCUGAACGGCUUCCAGCUUGGCGAGCGUUCCCUCGUCGUCCAGCGCGCGGCUACCACUGGCCGCGCCAGCGCCACCGCCCCGACUGUUGCCGGCACCGCCGCCUUCCUCGCCACCUCGUCGAUUCUCCAGGCUCAAGAGGACGAAGCACCUGCGUCGCGCGUCAUGCUCAUGCUUAACAUGGUCACCCCGGACGAGCUGUACGACGACCGCGACUAUGCCGAGAUUCUCGAGGACAUUCGCGACGAGUGCUCCAAGUUUGGUGAGGUCGAGGGUGUGCGUAUUCCCCGUCCCGUGCCCAAGAGCACCAAGUGGGAGCCUUCCGACAGCGCCGCCCAGACGGCCGAGAAGAACCGCCGUAUGGACGACGAGAACGGCGUGGGCCGCGUCUACGUCAUGUACUCGGACAUUGAAAGCUGCACCAAGGCCAUGAAGGCGCUCGGCGGUCGUCAGUUUGGCGGUCGCACCAUCCUCGUCGCCAACGUCACCGAGGAGGACUUCCUCGGCCCUGCGCCCCCUCCCCCUCCCUCGCCUCCCCCGGCGCCCGAGGGUGAUGGUCCUACGGGCAACGCGUACGACGACGACGGCCCGGCUCCUCCCCCGCCCCCACCCGGCCCUCCUCCCCCCGUCGAGGCCCCCGUGGAUAUCGAGACCGAGGCGGCCAACCUCCUCAACGACAUUGCUGCGGGUCUCUAA